AUGAAGGUUCUCUUAGUAACUCUGGUUUAUAUGCCAUUCAUCACUGCUCUAACAAGGAUUCCACUAGUUCAGUUUAACUCUAUCCGACAUGUACUUCGAAAAAGAGGAGAACUGGAACAGUUUUGGAGGGAUAAUUUACCUGAAAGUUUUGCUCGGAAGUACUAUCGUUGCUUUCCAUCAGAUACUCUUUUGUCCAUGGGAACUGCAAAGGAAAAGCUUCAUGAUUACAUGAAUGCCCAGUACUAUGGAGAGGUGAGCAUUGGCACCCCCCCUCAGAAAUUCACUGUGGUAUUUGACACUGGAUCUGCUGAUUUUUGGGUACCAUCAGCAUAUUGCAUCAGUGAUGCUUGUGAAAUUCAUCAAAAAUUCAAGUCAUUUUUGUCCCAUUCCUAUAAAUAUGGAGGGCAGCAAUUUUCUCUGCGAUAUGGCACUGGGCAUCUCAUGGGAAUUUCUUCCAAAGACAUAGUCCGGAUUAGCAACAUUUCCAUUGCGGCCCAAGGCUUUGGUGAAUCUGUCUUUGAGCCGGGCACCACCUUUAUCUCCGCACAUUUCGAUGGCGUGCUGGGCUUGGCAUAUCCUCCCUUGUCUGUGGUGGAAGCUCUUCCAGUCUUUGACAAUAUGAUGCAGCAGCAUUUGGUUGAAGAGCCUGUAUUUUCCUUCCUCUUGAACAGAGAUGGUUUUGAGGAUGGGAGUGAAUUGAUAUUUGGAGGUAUAGACCAUUCACUCUACACUGGGCCUGUUCACUGGGUUCCUGUCACUCGGAAAGAUUACUGGCAAAUUCCUAUUGACAAUGUGAAAAUCCAGGGACAGAUCAUAGCUUGUAAAAACGGCUGUGAAGCUAUGGUCGAUUCAGGAACCUCUCUUAUUACUGGUCCAUUCCAAGAUAUAAAAAAACUACAAGCAAAAGUUGGAGCCGUUCCCAGUUCUUCUGGAGAGUUUCUUGUGAACUGCAGAAGACUUUCCAGUCUGCCGCCAAUAAGCUUUACCAUUGGGCAGAAAGAAUUCCAAUUAACAGCACAGCAAUAUAUAAUUAAGGAAAACAGCAGAGAAGAGGCCUUGUGUUUCAGUGGUUUCCAGCCACUGGAUCUCAUCACUAAUGAAGCACCAAUGUGGAUUCUAGGAGAUGUAUUUAUGUCAGCUUUUUACUGUGUUUUUGAUCGUGGGAAUGAUAGAGUUGGCUUUGCAAAACCAGCUCCUAAAGGAAAGAGAAUAAAGCAACAGAAAUAGUAAAGCAUCACUGGUAGAAUUAAUAUUGAUAAUUUUACCUUUCACACAAUGAACAAGAAUCACUUUUGCUGUGUGGAGAGAGAAAGGGGAGAAGACAAUGUAAGAAGAUUUAACUAUCUGGAGCCAACUUUUACAGCCGGACUCUGAUCUUUAUGUAUUCAUGCUGGAGGUGUAGUGGCUUUUCCCAGCCUGCUGACUGUCUUAAGUGUCAGGGCUAACAUGAUGCCUGAUUGGAGAUCUAUUUAUGGUUGAAACCUCAAAACCUGCUAAGAAGCCAUAUCAGAAGAAGCUGAAUAAAAUCUUCAAAAGUCAUAGAGCUGAGCCAUUCAGCUUAGCCAGUUUACAUUUACUUGGAUCAUGAUGUACAUCCAUUUCUGUCUGCAAAGGAUGGUAGCUUUAGUUUUCAGUCCUCUAUAUACUUAGCUGGGAAUUGAACUCACUGAAGUAAACUGAACUUCUUUUGUUCUGAGGUGACAUGUAAUUCUGUUGAUUAGUUUAUUACUACCAAAUGGUAAGUAAAAAGUUAUUUGUCUGGAAUAAUUACGUUUCUUGUAUAACGGUUGGCAUAAAGGAAAAUUGUCCGGCAGGCCUGAUUAGGCCA